AUGUACAAUCGCUGGGACAGUACUACGACUAUUACCUCCAGCACACUUAUUUUCUUCUACGAUGAUGUCCACCUUGUUAUCCGCACUUGGCUUGUGAAGCCCAGCCUACCCGCCAUCGACCGCCCUCGCAUUCACGCGGUUUCAGCUGCCACAGUCCCGGUUCAUAUUGCGCUACUAUCCGCUCUGAUCAAUCCCCUCGAUCUGCUGGUUGUCUCCGGCAAAUAUCCUGUCAACACUGCAAACACCAUUCCCGAUUCUCGCCCGCCGGCUGACCUCGUGAUCUCCGCCGGCUCGGGCCUUGGCACCUGGCGGAGCUAUGCCAAUGUCCGCGCCACCAGCGGGCUCAAGUUCCCUCUCCCGCGGAUGCUUUCCGCCGAAGCCGGGGAAGAUCCGAUCGUGAAAUACUCCGUACCGAGGUUAGGGUUAAGAUCCUCAGCAGGCGUGGAGGUUGCAUUGCAUGCAGGCACCGAGCCUGCUAAUAAUUAG